AUGUCUACAUGGUCCAACCAGGAGGGCUACAUUGUGCACCCGGACAAUUCAGCCGUCCCUGUCAAUCCAGACAACCUCAAUCUCCGUCUCAUCUUGCACGAUGGCCGUCUAGUUCAAAGGCCCACCUAUCUCAACGCCAUCAUCAACUACCUAUGGAUUCCCCUCGGUUUCAUCCUAGCCAUCAUCCGAAUCUUUUUCCUAGUACCACUUCCCCUAUCCAUCAUGCCCCGUUUAUCCAGCUUCUUCGGCCUCAAGCUUAUAACCCGCGGCCUACCUCCACCACCACCCUCCUCAGGCUCUCCUGGCUUUCUCUAUGUAUGCAAUCACCGCACAGCAAUCGAUCCUCUCGUCAUCUCAGUUGCCCUCAAACGCAAGAUUUCAUGUGUAACUUACAGCCUAGGCCAUUUCUCUGAGCUCAUGUCCCCCAUACGUACGUUCCGAUUAUCACGUGAUCGUGCAACUGACACUGCUCGCAUCUCAGCUCUCCUCAAAGAAGGCGAUCUCAUCAUUUGCCCUGAGGGUACCACAUGCCGUCAACCCUUCUUGCUUCGCUUCAGCGCCUUGUUUGCAGAACUAAGCGACCGGAUCGUGCCGGUGGCAGUCAACAUCAGGCAGGGCAUGUUCUUUGGAUCGACAGCCAGGGGAUGGGAGUCCAUGGACCCGUUCUUCUUGUUCAUGAACCCUAGACCUACGUUUGAGAUCACGUUCCUGGACCCGAUGCCAACCGAGAUGACGUGUACUGGUGGAAGGCCAUCGAUCGACGUGGCGAAUCAUGUGCAGAGGAUGUUGGGUUGCACACUAGGGUUUGAGUCCACCACAUUGACUAGGAAGGAUAAGUACAUGAUGCUAACGGGCCAUGCUGGAGUGGUGGACCAUUCAUCUAAAAUGGAGCCCACCAAGAGUCAGUGAACACUUUGAUUAUA